CUGUCAGCCCUCGGCAUGUGGGGUGGCUCGACCCCCGUCCCGGCUGAGUCCUGGCUGCUGCUGGCUGCCCUGAUGUGGGGGACCCGGCCCCCUGCACCCUCCCAGGCUGCCCCCCUGCAGAACUCCAGCCCCCUGUACCAGUUUGACGGGCAAGUUCGGCUCCGACACCUGUACACGGCCAACGCCCACACGCAGCUGUACCUGGAGAUCACCCCGAAGGGCGAGGUGCGCGGGGCCCCCGACCAGACCCCCUACAGUCUGAUGGAGAUUAAAGCGGUGAAGCCUGGUGUGAUCCGAAUGCAGGCGAUGAAAACGCUCCUGUUCCUGUGCAUGGAUCCCAGCGGGCAUCUGCAUGGGGCGAGCUCCUACUCGGAGGAGGCCUGUAAUUUCCACGAGAAGGUGCAGCGUGACGGUUACAACCUGUACUUCUCCGAGAGCCACAAGGUCCCAGUCAGCCUGCGGCCCGCGGAGGGGCCCACCGGCCGCGGGCGCCCGGCCCCCCGUCUCUUCCACUUCCUGCCCAUGGUCAGCCGGGUGCCGGUGGAGCCCGUCCUGCUGGAAUACGACUUCUACAGUGACCCGCCGCUGGACGUGGAGUCCUCCGACCCCCUCAGCAUGAUGGGCCGCCUCACCCGAGUCCUGAGCCCGAGCUACAUCUUCUGA